AUGGCUUCGAUAGCCGCCGCCCAGGUGCAAGAAGUGCGUUCGAUUACGCGCAUCGAACGAAUUGGCGCACAUUCGCAUAUACGUGGAUUAGGUCUAGAUGAUUCCCUCGAGCCAAGAGCCGUUUCCCAGGGCAUGGUGGGACAGAAAAUGGCCAGGAAAGCCGCUGGCGUCGUUUUACAGAUGAUUCGAGAAGGGAAGAUAGCAGGGAGAGCCGUCUUGUUAGCAGGUCAACCGGGCACAGGAAAGACUGCUAUAGCGAUGGGCCUCGCACAGGCUCUUGGGCCUGACACUCCUUUCACCAGCAUGGCAGGUUCUGAAAUCUUCUCCUUGGAGAUGAGCAAGACUGAAGCCCUCACACAGGCCAUUCGAAAAUCUAUGGGGAUAAGAAUUAAGGAAGAGUCGGAGAUAAUAGAAGGAGAAGUAGUGGAGGUGGUGGUAGAACGAGCUGCUGGUGGUGGUGGUGCCAGGGUUGGACGACUGACAUUGAAGACAACAGAUAUGGAGACAAAUUAUGAUAUGGGAGCAAAGAUGAUAGACUCUUUGUUAAAGGAAAAGGUACAAGCGGGUGACGUGAUAACCAUAGACAAAGCUACAGGAAAGAUCAACAAAUUAGGUCGCAGUUUUGCAAGGGCCAGAGACUAUGAUGCGACCGGUCAGCAAGCCAGAUUCGUCCAGUGCCCAGAAGGUGAACUCCAGAAACGUAAAGAAGUUGUCCACACCGUCACUCUUCACGAAAUUGACGUCAUCAACUCUAGAACUCACGGCUUCUUAGCUCUAUUCUCUGGUGAUACAGGUGAGAUCAAGUCAGAAAUUCGUGAACAAAUAAACAGUAAGGUGGCGGAGUGGCGUGAGGAGGGAAAAGCUGAAAUGAUACCCGGAGUACUUUUCAUAGAUGAGGCUCACAUGCUGGACAUUGAGUGCUUCUCAUACUUAAAUAGAGCGUUAGAAUCGGAGACAGCCCCCGUUGUCAUCAUGGCUACCAACCGCGGCAUCACACGCAUCAGGGGUACCAACUACAAAAGCCCACAUGGCAUUCCCUUGGAUUUGCUGGACAGAAUGAUCAUAGUGCCAACGUCACCGUACUCCCAUCAAGAGUUGAGGGAGAUUUUGAAUAUUAGAUGCGAGGAAGAGGACUGUCAAAUGUCAGCUGAUGCGUUGACAGUUCUGACUAGAGUGGCGACUGAAACGUCACUGCGUUAUGCCAUACAAUUGAUCACUACUGCUUCGCUCGUCUCCAAACGAAGAAAGGCUAACGAGGUGAGCAUGGAAGACGUAAAGAAAGUAUACUCUCUAUUCCUGGAUGAACAUCGUUCGGAGCAGUUCCUGAAAGAGUAUCAAGAUGAGUUCCUAUUCAAUGAUGGAGGGGGAGAUGCACCACAGCUGAUGGAAGUUUCUCAGUAA